AUGCUCAACCGUGUUCCUAUCCCACGCUUGCCAAAUUGGAAUAACGAUCCAAAAUCACAUCGCACCACCCGUGCCUGCGAUGAGUGUCGAUUGCGCAAAAGAAAAUGCGACGGCAAGAGGCCGACAUGCGCCCAGUGCGCCGGUGCAGGACUGGAGAUAUGUGUUUAUUCCCAGUCGAAGAUAGUCCAGGAGCGCCAGCAGUUGGAGUGGGCGAACCGGGACGUCGAUCGUUAUGAGGAUCUACUUCGAGAGAUAUCUCAAGAAGUUGAUGUAUCUGUCGCGAAAAAAAUCGCGAAAGCUUUGCGGCCUUCGCCUCCAUGGCAGGCACCACAAGGGCAGGAAUCCCUAGGGGAUGCCAGUGUUGCCUCCAAUACUUCGUCGGCGUCUUCCGUCGGCUCACUGAACGCUUUGGAUACACUCGAUGAAGACAUUAAUCGGAGCAAAGAGAGCAUAGCUACAGGAUAUCUUGGAAAGAGUUCCGAAGUUGCCUGGAUGCAGAGUUUGGCACUAGAAGGUAGAGUUCAUCGAGGAGACAAGGGGAUCGCCCAGGGCAGUCAGAAUCUCCAGUCGCCGACCGAUGAUUCGAUGACCUCUGUGAACUACCAUAUCGAAUCCGCCUAUUAUCCAGGUCUAGAAGAUGAAAACCCUUACACCCUACCAGCAAAAGCCCUGGCAGAACGCUUAUUGAGGUUGUACCUUGACAGUGUCCAACCGUCUCUACCCAUUAUUCGCGAGGUGCUCUUCGUAGACCAGUUUACUUCGUUGUACUCCGGAGAGCUUAGACAUCCUGGAAGAAAGUGGCUAGCCGUGCUGAAUCUGAUAUUCGCUAUUAGCAGCAAGUUGUGUCAGAUUGCUGGGCAAGAUAUUCACGACAGGGACACCAAAUUUUUCUCUCGAGCACAGAAGCUCAACAUAUCUGAAUGCCUGGUUGAGGACCAUGAAGACCUGCAGCAAGUGCAGGUGGAAACGCUCGCAGCCUUUUUUUUGUUGACAUACUCACAUGUCAAUAGGGCGUGGAAGAUGAUCGGUACGGCCACUCGUUCCGCCAUCGCCUUGGGUAUACACCUUAGAGCUACGCACAAUAAAUUGGACGCUUCAGCUCUAGAGGCUCGACACAAACUUUGGUGGUCGAUUUUCAUCUUAGAAAAUCUCCUCUCUGUUAUGACUGGGCGGGCCUCUGGCUUGGGGAACAGCUUAUUCUCUGUACCACCGCCUCUCAUCGCGGAAAAAACGGAGCAAUUCACCGACAACACCCGUCUAGAUCAGCCAUCUGAAACCCUGAUGAAGUGGACAAUUUACCAGCAACACGAGCAACUCGAAGUCCAGCGAGCGUCGAUGAAAUCUAUGACUUCUACCGAUGGCCUUUUUUUUUUUUGUCUGGCGGAUCUGAUUCUGAUCUCGCACACUGCUUCCACACGAGUGUACAGCGCCGAUGCUGUUAACCAAGGAUGGGAUCAAAUUCAGAGCCGUAUUAAUUUUUUCAACAGGACAAUGGAGGGGUGGCGAUCUACUUUGCCUGAUAGCAUGAGCUUCAAAGUACUCGACGCUGGACAGACUAUUACUAAAAGCAAAGCCUAUAGAAUAUCCCUCUAUAUGCAUUACUAUAGUUCCCGAAUUAUCCUCAACAGACCCUGUCUCACUCGACCGAGGGAGGGCGAGAAGAGCAUCAUCAAUACCGAUCGCUCUCGCGCGAGGGAAGAAUGCUCGAUUAUAUGUCUGCAUUCGGCUCUAGCAAUUAUUUCGAUCUUUCCUGAUCAGCCAGAUCCGAUUUGGGCUGGUCAUGCCCCGUGGUGGAACGUUCUUCAUUUCCUGGUUCAAGCUAUGACAAUUUUGCUUAUAAAUAUUUCACUUGAAACCUCGCUAUCCAAACAGCAGAAGCGUCCAAGUUACAGCAGAGGCAUGAAAGGUGGCCAACUGCCUAGCUUGCCGGAAACUGCAAAUUUCGGAUCUGUCCGUACCGCAGCGAAAAAAGCGUUGCAGUGGUUAUAUUGCCUUGGAAAAUCAGAAGUCUCCGCAUUUCGGGCUUUCGAAAUUUGCAACAAAUGUAUUCGUCGUAUUGCGCCAACUGGCUCUGAUCUAGACGAGUUCAGCCCCGUGAACGCAGAAUCGAAAGUGCAUUAUCUGUCAGUACCAACCGAUCAGUCUCAUCAACAACAUCGCUGCAGGGACAAUGUCCCAUACUCACGAUUUGCUGGUACAAGAGACUUUGGCUACGACCAUAGUACCAGCAUGGGCGCACAGUUCCUGGAACAAGGUGCCACGGAAGAGUUUUCCCUUCCUCAACAGCCCUCUUUCGGUGUCUUGAAGGAUGAGGUGGACAUGUUAGAUUAUAUCCCUGGCUCAUACGAAACACUUGAUGAGAUGCUACUUUCACUGGCGGGACCAGAUGACGAGACUAUUUAG